AGCCAUUUACGGCGCGAUAAAAGAACAAGAUGAAUAAAGACAAUUUCUUAAAUUUGUAAAGGAACCUGCGGAGCUUGCUACGUUUAUUUUUACGAAUGAAUUUUUCAGAAUGAUUAAAAAGUUGAUUUUAUGUGCUGCUGUUGAUAAAAAAACAUAGUUAUGUGGUUUCGGAACGUGCUUUUUUAUGGAUGAAAUAAAUUGAGUCAUUUUUAGUAUAAUGUGAUUAGCUUACAGCGCAGGAGACGUGUAGGGAGAAUUCAUUUCCCCAUCAAAUCUUCGAAAUUGAAUUAGUUAUGUUUAUUAGAUCUCUUACAAGUCAACCAAGCUCUUCGCAGGCAAAAAACCGUGAAAAGACUUACUCUCUUAAAAAUCCAUCAUACAUUAAACAGUUCACGAAGCGAAAAUGGAAUUCAGAGAAAUACGAUAGAUUUUCAAAUAUUGUAGAUAUAGUACAAGAAGCAGUGCAACAAGUAAAUCCCGACACAGUUGUAAAAGAUGUUGUUCCAUUGAAAAAAGAAGCACUUUCAGGCCAGAAACAGAAAGUUUUCAUGUUAGUUAGAGGUCAACUAUUUGAAACUUUUGAAAGUACGCUCGAGGUGUUUCCAAAUACAUUGUUAGGAAAUAAACAAAAAAGAAAUGAGUAUUAUAAUCAAAACACCAACAUGUUUGUAUUUGAUCGUUGUUCAAUUUGUUUUGAUGCCAUUUUAUUUUACUAUCAGUCGCAAGGUAUUUUAUCAAAACCAGGUUUUGUUGCUCGUGAAACUUUUAUAGCCGAGGUGAAAUUCUUCAAAAUCGAUGUUUUUAUUGAUGAUAUGCACAGGGAUGAAGUAGAAUUUCUACAACAACGAAAGCAAAAACGGAAUAAACCUACUGGCAAAUGGCGGGAGAUGAUCUGGUGCUUACUUGAGUAUAAUUUAUCUUCAUCCCCUUUAGUUUUUUGGUUCUGUGUUAACGUCGCAGUCUUGGUGUUAUCUGUAGGUAUACACUGCUUAGAAACAUUACCAUUCAUAAAAUCUGAAAGCAGUUGGUGUUUCAACGUCUGGAUGAUUUUAGAACUCCUUUUCAGUACGUUUUACGUAUGUGAGUAUGGAAUGCGAAUAUACGUCUGCUUAAGUAUUAAAGGAUAUAUCCUCUCAUCACUUGGUAUUACAGACAUUGCAUCAUUCUUACCAUCUUACGUUCUUCUUUUAAACUGCAUACUUGGAAUUCACAGUAAAAAGCUCGACACUUCUUUAAAAUUUCUACGUAUAUUUCGAAUAUUCAAAGUGAUCAGAUUUAACCGUGGUAUAAAGUCAGUAGUUAUAACCCUUUAUGAAUGCCGAGCGACAGUCAUUCUUUUGUAUCUCUCUAUUGUAUUGGUCAGUUUGUGUUUUUCUGCACUCAUAUAUACAUUUGAAAGCGAAUCCUCCAAUGAAACUGGUAAGACUUUUUUUACAAGCAUUGCAGACGCCUUAUGGUUUUCAAUAAUUACAGCCACUGGUGUUGGCUAUGGAGAUAUAUACCCUACAACAGAAAUGGGAAAGACGUUUGGUUGUACCCUCGCCUUGUUAGGAAUCCUGUUGUUUUCGUUGCCGACUACAAUGUUGGUUUGCAAGUUUAUUGAAUGCUAUUAUCUUCGUGAAAUGAUGUCGAAUGAUUGUGACGUAGAAAGGAGAAAGCUCAUCAGAGAAGUAAGAAAGACAUUCAUAGGACAAUUUGAUCCAAGACUGUCCAAGGAGGAUGUACCUUACGCCUCUUUGCGUUAAUUUUUUAGAUCUCAUUUUGAAAUACUUUUUUCCCGAAUUUAUUGUGUUUUUGUCUACUGGUUUAAAUAAACUUAUAGUUCUCUGUC